AUGGGAGCAUGCCUCACAAAACCACGGUGUUCUCAAUGUUUGGAAGACUCGGAUUUCUAUUGCCACACCUGUGAUAAAAAUUUCUGUGUCUCGUGUAAGGAGAAACAUGUGAUAGACAUAGACACUAAACACCACGAUGUAGCGAUUGGCUGUUUAAAGUAUGGCGAUCGUAUGAUACCAGAGUCAUGUGAGAGGCACCCAGAUAGGAUAUAUAAAUACUGGUGCCUGUCUUGUCAGUGUCCAAUCUGUGUCAUAUGUAAUGGUCACCGGAGUCAUGAAAAAAUUGAUUUGGUAAAAACCUUCAAGACUUGCAUACAACAACAAAGAGACAGAAUUAUUCGCAUUAGAAGAGAGAUUCUACCAUACAAUCGUGCUCUCCUGGCACAAAUUAAAUCUGAUUUUAAAAGUUGUAUUACAAAAAUAUGCAACCUCCAGUUGGAUAUGAAUUCCAGGGUCCAGAACCUGAAAGAUCAAAUAGAAACAUAUACAGUUCUUAAGAAUAUAAGUAGCUCAAAUCCCUAUUUUGUCUUGAAGUUACAGCAAAGAAGAAAUGUGACAUACAUACAUAAAUAUAUACAAAGAUAUGAAGAGUCAGAAAACAGACCAGUACAAUUCCUCUUUUUCUUAAAACUAGUCCCCGUCCCCAAGAUAAAGGACAUUCCCGCUACUUUAGCGAUAUCUCUUACUGCGGAAACGAACAUGGAGGAUAUUGCAGUGCUGUUUGGAAAAAUUAAGAUCAAAGAAACAGGGAAAAGAAAGGUAGGAAAUGAAGAUCUGUUUAAAGCGAUGUCUGCUGCCGUGUUACAGAAAUCGAUUAACGUGACCGAUGUGAGAGGUGGUAUUAGUCAUAUUUCCUGUGUCAUGCCAGACCGAGCCUGGGUCAAUGAUAAUAACAAUCUUAUCUUGACCAAUAGAACAGGCGAAGCUCUUUCUCUACUGACAGAUAUAUCAAGUCCGUAUGGCAUACACACAGUGACAAGACACGGUGAUUUAAUGUAUAUAGAUAGAAAUUCUAACCUUAUCCAACUGUCUACAAAGAACAAAGCAAUGACUUCAUUGAUAGAAAAAAAAGAGCCAUGGACUCCACGUUGUGUUUUCUGCUCCCCUUCAAAUGGAGAUUUUCUUGUAGGAGCGAUUUGGUACGACAAAAGCGAACAGAGAUAUACAGAGGCUAAUAUAACCCGAUACAACAGCAAAGGACAACAACUCCAAAUCAUCCAGCACAACAACAAGGGUGAGAACCUGUAUAGCGAUCCUAUAUACAUCACGGAAAACAGGAAUGGAGAUGUUAUUGUAUCUGACAUGUUCCGUCGUACAGUAGUUGUGACAGACUGUGAAGGAGGAUAUCGCUUCUCCUACAGAGGGUCACCAUCAAAUUCAGGAUUCUUUGUACCGAAUGGAAUCUGUACAGAUGCGCUGUCAAACAUUCUAGUGUGUGAUGGAUACUCGAAAACCGUACAAAUGAUUGACAAAGAUGGUUGCUUUCUGUCACUGCUACUGACAGAACAAAAUGGGAUAAACAGACCCGGAGGGCUAUGCUAUGAUGAUAAAACUCACCUUCUUUGGGUCGGGUCGUGGUGGGACAACACAGUGUGUGUAUAUAGAUACAUACAGUCAAAGGAUUUCCUAAUUAGCAGUUUUGAUUAA